AUGGCCGUCCUUUCGUGGAAAGGCCUGCUGGCCUUGGUCGCUGGCCUCUCCUCGGUUGCCGCCGUGUCUGUCCGCAGCAGGGACGGCGACAAGCCAGGCCUGCCAUAUGACGAGAACACCACGUCUGACUGCAGCGGCCUUGCGACUGGCAGGAGCUAUUGUGUCGAGGCGUUUGGCCAGCCGGAGCCCGGGAUCACGACCACGGCUGCUGUGACCACCACUAAGGCUCCUACCACAACUGUGGUGCCGACCACAACUACUGCGGCCGGCAACGGCAUCGAGACCCCUACACCCGUCCAUAACGGCAUCGUCGCCAACUGCAACAUAAUCUACCUCGUCAAGGGCGGCGACACCUGCGCCGUCAUUGCUCAAACGCACCUCAUCCGCACCGCCGAAGUGGUCUCGUGGAACGGCCUCAACGUCGCAUGCACCAACCUCUGGGAAGACACCUAUGCCUGUGUCGGCGUCGUCGGCUCGACGUCCACGGCCCCCAAGCCAACCACGACGUUCCACCUUAUCGUGUCAGGAGACAGAUGCUCAACAGCCUCCGCCAAAUAUGGCAUUCCUGUUGCGAAUUUCCUCGAGUGGAAUCCCAAAGCGUUCAGUAACUGUUCCGGGCUCAAGCAGAACGCCUACGCGUGUGUAUCCGUUAUAGGUUUCACACCGACGCCUACCAACCCUGGGAACGGCAUCACGACACCAACCCCGACGCAGCCAAAAAUGGUCACCAACUGUGAUAAGUUUUACUUUAUCCAGUCAGGCGACCUUUGCUCUACUGUGGCUAUGCGUAGUGGUAUCUCGGUGGACGACUUUCUCAAAUGGAACCCCGCUGCAGGCUCUGACUGUGCUGGCCUAUGGGCUGGAGCUUAUGCGUGCGUCAGCGUCAUCGGCCACACGCCCACCGCACCCGGCAACGGCAUUACCACGCCAGUUCCAACACAGCCUGACAUCGUCAAUAACUGUAACCGUUUCCACCUCGUUAUAUCAGGCGAGCGCUGUUCCACUGUAUCCGCGCAAUACAACCUGCCAGUUGAUUUGUUCCUCAAGUGGAACCCCAAAGCACUUAGUAACUGCUCAGGGCUCAAGAUCAACUCAUAUGCAUGCGUCAACAUCAUCGGGUAUACGCCCACGACCCCUACGAAUCCUGGAAAUGGUGUUCAGACACCGAGCCCAAUUCAGGAUGGCAUGACGAAGAGCUGCAAAACCUUUCACUACGUCGAGAGUGGUCAGACCUGCGCAACGAUUCAGACGAGGUAUAAGGUUACCCUCGCGAACUUAUUCAGGUGGAACACCGCCAUCGGCGCGGAUUGCCGCAACAUGUGGGCCAAUGCAUACGUCUGUGUUGCGGUUCUGUAA